AUGGCCUCCAUGAUGAUGGAUUCCUCUGAGAGAGCAGAGGCAACUGAGGGAAGAGACGGUGGCCCUCUUCCUAUGAAGUUCUUUUCCACAUGGGAAGUAAGGAAAGUUCCGCCUAACUGCGUAUCCAGAUCAUGCUCUCUGACUAUCACGAGAUUACAAAUAUUGCAAGAGAUAGAGCCAGGGCUACAGUCUGUCGUCGUGUCUGUGUCUAUGAAGACUCCUCAUCGCUCGCUGCGUUCCAAUGAACUGGAAGUACCAGCCAAUGGUGUCAUGAACAUACCACAGAACCUCACCUUCUCCUUAGAGUAUCCUCAUUUUCUCAAGAGGGGAGGUAAUGAUCUUCAGAUUCGACUCCAGCGUAAGAAACGUUAUCGUAACAGAACCAUAAGGGGAUACAAGACACUCGCAAGAGGAGAAGUGAACAUGUCACUUGUUCUCCAGAAGAGCUUUCAAGGCGUAGUGAAAUUGUUUUCAGAGAAGAAUCCAGAGCCUUUAGCAAUGGUAACUGUUAGUUCAUUAACCAGUACACCAGCUGACCAUCAAACUGAAGGAGUUUCAAGUGAAGAAGAAGAGGAUGAGUUGGUAUUCUCUGAUGAGUUAGCAGAGAGAGGAGGAUCAGACAGUGACAGCAUUGAGAACAUGGAUCCUUCUCACUAUGAGGAGGCAUCAUCAGUUGCCCUGCCAAAGAUAAGCCUCAAGCAACCUUCUUCUGUCCUGCGUCUCCUGAAACUGAGGACAACUGGUAGUCGUGAUGAAACUGUUUAUCAACAUCAGACAUUCGGUUCUUUUGAUUUGGGUCUAAACCGUAACAGCACAAGAAGCCGCUCUCCGUCUGAGACACUGGAGCCUUUGGAUAUGCCAGAGAUUGCUCUGAUCGAGGGACGUUUGUGGCUCGUGAAAGAGAGAGAGGAUCAUCUCUUACCUAAAGUACUUCACUCUCUCGGGGAACCUUUUCUUAAUACACCCACAGAGUGUACCUCGUCAUCACUUUUAUCACUUUUGAACACUUUGCAUAACCUCUGGCACAAGAGUAAUCCAUUUCUCUUACUAGUGACUGGUGACAAGCAGUUUCUCUCUGCUCUCCUCAGAGCGUAUGUCACUGGGCCUCAAUUUCCAAUAUGGCUCUACUUCCUGACUGACAUUGAGAAGACACUCAGAACAGUUUCUUCUCCGUCUGCUCCAUCUCUUACUGCAGCAGCUCCUGAGAAACCGGCCCAGAAAGAGAAUGAAGAGGAGAAAUACUCCCAUCAAUCAAUUUCUGGUAUACUGGCUAGACUGAAAGUAGAGUUACAGUAUCACCCAUUGCCCAUUGCACAGGCUGAACUUGUUAUGGAACAAGUUGAGCCAAACACCAGCACAGGAAGCCGCUCCAUACCUUUCAUACACAGUGUCAUCAUGGGCCCGUGGGAGUCUGAUACUGAACUUAUCCAUCCAUCAAGUCCUUCAACUCCAACAGACUCACAGCAGCAACAGUUGCAGCAUCCUGAGAUACACUUGGAAUACUGGGGAGGAAAGAAAGACAGUCAAAAAUCUAGUGUAAAGGUUCGGAGUGUAAUGGCUACAGUAGUUCCUGGUCCUUUGUUGAGUAUCACGGCUAUCAUAAGGAAGAAAGGCGGGAUUAGGAUAAGGCGCUUCAAAGACACAGGAGGAGAGAACUCCAUCAUCAGUGUCACUGCAUCACACAUGAUGUGUCGGAGCAGUGCUAAAAAUGAGCCCAUUAAUGCUACCAUUGAUGGGUUAGAGUGGCAGGUUCUCACUAACAUUAAAUUAUCCGCUCAAUGGAAUCAUACGCCACUCGCCACUUUUCCAAGAGCAACUUGUCAGACCCCUCCCAGUAGUAAUAGUUGAAAAUGUCAUUUUAAUCAGUACUUCCACAGAAAUAACAGAAUAAUUAUGUUGUGUGCCAUGUUUAUUAUUAUGAUGUUUAUUUUUUAAUAAUCUAUUGGUAGCCCACGUGUUAUCACGUGAUUACA